AUGGAGUCAGAGGAGUUCAAUACGAGUGAAUUGGAAGAACCUGAUUUCAGUUCCGAGGUAGAAAGCUGUAUCUCACCUUUGAGUUUGACGGUUGAUAAUGCCGCAUCACCUUGUAGUUACAACACGAGCGAGUUAGAUGUAGACGAUUCGACUGCCCGUUUUACUUUCUCGAGUACAUCGCUGAAAAGCGACUGUUCGCUGGACGAUUACAAUCAGUUGUCGCUGGCAAAUGGUUUUUGUGACUCACCUGUUGGACAUUCAACUGUAGUUGAAACAUGCGCCGAUCUCGAUAGUUCUCUGGGAUGCUAUCCGAUUAGUUGCUCGAGCGACGAAAGUCGGGAUGAGAAUGGUAAGCGAUAAAUUUUUAACCCCAAAUAAUCAUUUAUAUAUAUUUAUUAUAUAAAGUAUAGUGCUUUAUAGAGAUUUCGAGCACUGAUAAAAGUGAUAUCUCACAUGUGAGAUUAUUCAUGAUAAUCUCACAUGUGAAAUUGGCGCUUUUCAAAUAUCGCUUUUCUGUAAAAAUUAUCGCUUUUCAAAGACUGUCCUUUAUAUAAUAAACAGAAAAAUACAUGGGUGCUUGGAAAUACCAGAUUUAUUUCUCGUGUUGAACAUGAUAACAUCGUGAGAUAUCAUGUUCAACACUCGAAAUAAAUCUGGUAUUUCCGCGCACCCAUGUAUUAUUCUCUCUCUCUCUAUAUAUAUAUAUAUAUAUCGUGACCUUUCGAACACUGGAUAAAAUAUAAAUUGUAGUAUUUGUUUGUUAUGAAUUAUUGAUUAUUUGUAACGCAAAGUUUGUGGAUCAAGCAAUAUGGUUUUCAGUUUUUCACUGAAGUCAUACAACUUGACCAAUCUGCUGUUGUCGACACCCCCCCCCCCCUUCCAUUUAAUAUAGUUUAUAAGGAUAUAUUUAAUGCCAGUAUAACCUAGGCACAUUCAACAUGAACUGAACUGACAGUACAUAUGCAUGUGUCAUCGGCCAUCCCGGGGGUGGGGACCCCGGGCUAAUCAUUGUAAAUGAGGGGACUUUACAGGGGGAUUGAUUCCAAAAUUGCUCCGUGAUCCCAGGGGAUAUCACAACAUUGGCGAAGAACAAGCCCUUGUCCGGGAGAAAAUACCCGGGGAAGUAAAAAAAUAUGGUCAGCGGUUAAUACUGAAUUCGUCAUGUAAUAACUAGCGAUUUGAAUAUCAUCGUUCCAAUUUCCAAAAUACACAUCUCUUCGGCUGCGAUUUAUCAGAGUUUUUUAAUCUAUGUGCAUCGUGUCCUAAAUUUUUAAAUAUGCUUUUCAAAGUUUGGGGCAACAGCAAGAAAAAGGCUGUUGUGGCUGAUAGCUUGACAGAUUUACUGAAAAAAGGUACGUUAUUUAAACGAAUAUUUUAUGUUGAUUUGCGAGAUGAUUUGCAUAUGUAAAUUUUGUAUUUGUAUAAUUAUAAUCUCAAUAUAAAUAGCAUUUCUAAGUAAAAUAACAUCGAGUACAUUGUUUGUAAUAUGACAGGCAAAGAAAAACUAGAAAUGGGCAAUGUCGAAAGGCUGAAAGUCUGCAUGACUGACGGUACUGAGAUUGAUGAUGACGAAAUUUUGAAAAGUUGCUCUGAUGGAACUAUCCUUCAUUUCAUCUGCGAGUCGGAUGCAGAGGCCUCUCAAGAAAUGGCUGAAAAACCCAGUUCCCAGAGGGUUUUUUCGUCAACCAGUUAGUAUAUUAUAAAAUAGAUGUAUAUAUUUUUUAUACUUUUCUUGUCAAAAAAAUAUAUAAGGUCAGAUGAGAUGGGGUACAUUUGUUUAAUAUACCUCCCCCAGUAUGGAACGUAACAUUUUUGUGCAAUAACAGAAGGAAAUUGUGUGCACCAGAGAGGGAUUAUUGGGUAAAACUGUAAAUUGUGCACCAAUUUGUGCAUCAAGAGCAGCCUUUGUGCACGGCACAUGUGCGAUGCACAUCGCCUUCAUUCCAUACUUGCCUCCCCCCAGAUCAAUCUAGUAUUUAAAUAAAGGCCUUUUCUGAAAGGUCGAUAACAAAUUCUUACCAGUACAGUCUCUUGUUCCCUAUCAUAUAUGGCAUGCUGCAAUGCAUGAAUGUAUGAUGUAUAUCAUCAUAUACCUGACCAUAAUCCUAAUCCUCAAUUUCAUCCAAAGUCUACUCCCCCCCAACCCUACUAGACUUUUACUUGUGGGACAAACUUAAGCAGCUAUAUUAUAUAUGCAUAGAUCUGUAUGUCAUACAUCAUUUAUUUAUUUAUUUAUUAACUUUACGACCAUACAUAAAAUAGACUAAAAAACUACAUAAUAUGGUUGAAGGUAUGGUCAACAAAACAUGAAUAGCCCCAUAUGAAGACCAACCUUAAAUAAUCAUCAUAGGAAACAAGAGACCAUGUUGUUCUGACAGGGUCGAGGUAUUUUAGACUUUAUCCAUAGAGGAUGGGGUGGCUGUGUAGGUGUAUAUUGAGUACUAAUAGAAAAUUGGCACACCCUAAUUUUUUGUUUUGAAUAUAAAUAAAAAAACCUCUCAAAAUUCUGUUUUGUUUAGCAAGAUGCCCAUUUUGAAAAAUGGAAUAUUUAUGUGAGCUGAGUAACAGUAGAAUACUGACAGUAUUAUUGGCAUAUGUUAUCUAGCUCCUGUUAAAAAGAACAAAUUUAAACAAAUGACACUGACUGCUGGCAUUGGAAACACAAUUUCUAUUGGAGCAGAGCUGGAGGUACGUAGUGUUGCAAUAUUAUGUAAUAACUAGUGGAUGAAAGGGAUAAAUUAAGUUACAGUAAGUAUGUUUCUAUAAACCAAUUGCUGUUAGUGUCGGAAAUUUUGUCUGCAGUAUCUUUGAGAAUAUUAUUCAUUUUUUGACACAAAUCAUUCAAAAUCAGGUGUAUAUAAGAAAUUUCACUGCUAAAUAAAUGUUGCUGCAUGUAAAAACAAAAAGUUAACUGUAAAAUAUACAGUAAGAUUAAUAUUUUAUGCUUUGACAUUGAAAAUAAACAAUAAACUGUGAAAUAUAAACUGCAAAAUGCAGAUAGCUUGUUAAGAUACAAUCUUCUCUGUAAGUGACAAUAUGCAAAGCAUUGAGAAAUAGAAGCAAUGCAAGGUAUUUGAAUAGCAAAUAUUGUACAAUACAUUGUAAAUGUCUCCAUUGUUAAUUUUAGGAGAAAGACAGUGAGCAUGAGAGAACACUUGUUGAGCUAAGUGUUGACAAGCUUCAAGAAAGAGCAAAAAUAUUUUCCUGUACCAAUCUCACAAAUUAUCAACAAAAUGUAAAUGCUGCUGCCCUAGAGUUAUGCAAGGAUGAUGCAAGUCUUUUAUUAAAUAAGGGAAAAUUAUUUGAAGAAGCUCGGUUAAAAGUGGAUGCAUCUGGAUAUCAAUAUGCAAAAAAGGCAUCAAGAUCAACUGUCUAUGGCACUGGCAAGCAACCAGGAAAACCAAAACGAAAAUAUGUAGGUGCUGAAAUAAGAGCUGCUAGAGUAAAAGAGCUAACAGAGUCCAUAUCAUCUCUUAAAGAAACGAUUGAGUUGCUAUGUAAACAAAAGCAGCAGUACAGCAAUGCUGAAAAGUUCCUUCAAGCAGCCGAUGUUAAUUCAUCCAUUCUUGAAAAAAAUCGAGAGAAAGGCAUACUUGAAAACGAGUUGAAAGCACUCAACAAAUCAGAAUCAAAGUCAAAGAAGUCAUUAAAGAAAAGGCGUCGAGAAGUUAAAGAAGUUCCUGAGUCAGUUGGAAGCAGUGAUGUAUUUGUUAGCAGUGAUAAUCCUGUAAUUAAUGAUGAAAUUAGUGAUGAAAUUAGUGAUGAAAUUAGUGAUACACCAUGGCCUUUGGUAAGGAAAAAUACAACUGUUGGUAUCAGUACUUCUUCUGUCACAUCGUCGCAGAGUCGAACCAGCAGUGAAUCAGUCCAGGAUUUUUCAGAAUCCCCAAAGUAG